AGUUUUAGAAUCCUAGCAUUCUCGGGUGGUCCCAAUUUUUCCUCUGCUCAUAGUUUAUUCAUUGCAAGGAGAGUAAACCCAAAGAGUUCUGCAACUAUGGAACUUAAUUCCCGAAUCACUCAUUACAGACUACAUUAAAAAUGUGCCGAGUUUCUCGUAUAAAUUGAGAGCUGGUUGAUGUGGAUUCAGAGCAGAGAUCGAGGUGAAAUGGGCAAGAGCAACAUGAAAUGGGUAUUUGUUUUUGUUGUUUUACUCGCCGUAGAAUUCCCCUUCUCAGCCUCUGAAGUCCCAAGAUUUUCAUACAUUGUUCAUGUCGAUAAGUCGAAGAAGCCCGAGCAAUUCGGGCUUCAUCGGGACUGGUACGUUUCAAUGCUAAACGAGACCAACCAGUCCAUUCUCUAUACUUACGACGUAGUUAUGCAUGGCUUUGCGGCGAAGCUGACAAGCAGAGAGGCAAAAUCCAUGGAGAAAAUGAAUGGCUGCUUGGGCGUGUACCGGGAUUCCCUCAAUCAACUCCAUACAACUCGAACCCCAGAUUUUCUCAAGCUCACUGUUAAUGAUGGCCCCUGGGAAAAAUCAAGCUUUGGAGACAACAUUAUAGUGGGCAUGCUGGAUUCUGGAGUAUGGCCCGAGAGCAAAAGCUUCAGCGGUCGAGGCUUGAGCCAAGUUCCUGCAAAAUGGAAAGGAAAAUGCGAAUCCGGCGAUGGGUUCAAUUCCACCCACUGCAACAGAAAGCUGAUCGGAGCCCGAUUUUUCCUCAGUGGGUACGAGGCCGUGGUGGGACUUAUUCCUGUGGACCAGGAUUACAGAUCUCCGAGAGACGCCGACGGCCACGGAACUCACACAGCCUCCACAGCUGCGGGGUCUGCAGUUCAGGGCGUGAAUCUCCUCGGAUUUGCCCAAGGUACAGCACGAGGAAUGGCCGUGAAAGCCAGAUUGGCAAUCUACAAGGUCUGCUGGCCACAGGGAUGUGCCGACUCCGACAUACUCGCAGGUAUGGAAACUGCAAUUUCAGAUGGAGUCGACGUGCUCUCGCUCUCCAUUGGCGGCGCAAAUGGUCGACCAUACUACAGCGACCCUAUAGCAAUCGGAGCUCUGGAGGCGACUCUCAAGGGCGUUUUCGUAGCUUGCUCCGCUGGAAAUUCAGGGCCCACGCCCUCUGACAUCUCCAACACUGCGCCAUGGAUUGCCACCGUCGGUGCCUCCACAAUCGAUCGUGCAUUCCCGGGGCCCGUUGCUCUAGGCAACGGUAAAACAUACGUGGGUUCUUCUCUCUACAAAGGCAGUCCCGCAGGUAACAAGCAACUUCCCCUGGUCUACGCCUCCAUGGCCUCAAAUAACUCAGCUGCGAAUCUAUGCCUGCCUGGAAGCCUCGAUUCAACGAUGGUCCGCCGCAAAAUUGUGCUUUGCGACCGUGGCGUCAAUGGGCGGGCUGAGAAGGGACUGGUGGUGCAACAAGCCGGUGGCGCCGCCAUGAUUCUGGCCAAUGAGCUUUCCAGUGGAGACGAGCUGACGACCGACUGCCAUCUUCUUCCGGCGACGAUCGUGGGAUUCAGAUCAGGCAAACACAUAAAAGACUACAUCAACAGCACCAGGAAUCCCACCGCCACAAUUCGGCUCGAUGGGUCGACUGUGGUCCGCAAGGUCCGAGCUCCCAUGGUGGCCGGGUUCUCUUCCCGAGGCCCCAAUCCGGUCGUUCCGGAGCUUCUGAAACCGGACCUCAUUGCUCCAGGCGUCGACAUUUUGGCGGCGUGGAGUCGGCGCAAUGCGCCCACAACAUUGAAGUCUGAUAACAGAAGAGUCGACUACAACAUCAUAUCCGGAACAUCCAUGUCUUGCCCUCAUGUUUCCGGCAUUGCAGCUCUCGUACGCAGCGUUCAUCCGACCUGGAGCCCCGCCGCCAUAAAAUCAGCUCUCAUCACUUCGUCUCUGCAAGUUGACAACAUCGGGAAGAGUAUAAGGGACUCUGUGACCAAGAGAAUCGCGAGUCCCUUUGUACUUGGUGCAGGCCAUGUCAAUCCCUCUGGGGCUCUCGAUCCGGGGCUCAUCUACGACCUUGGAAUCAAUGACUACGUUCGGUUUCUGUGCAGUCUCAGUUACAGUAACCAGCAGAUCCGAAUUCUAACAAAGAUGAACUACUCCUGCCCCAAGUUGCCUUCACAGCCCGGGGAUCUCAAUUACCCUUCCUUCUCUGUGAUCUUCAGGCCCCGCAGUUCAGUUCAUGUUACCAGGAGAAUCGUGACCAAUGUUGGCCAAAGCCCUUGUGUGUAUGCUUUGUCCGUUCAGAGUCCUCCCAGCGUGAAUAUAAGUGUGCAGCCCGAGGUGGUGAUAUUCCAGAAGGCUAACCAAAAGGCGAGCUUUUCUGUGAGAUUUGAAAGCAAAAUUGCAUCCAGCGUCAAAAAUGCAGGACGCCAAGAAUUUGGACAGCUGACUUGGAAAUGUAUGAAGGGGGGAUCAUACGUUGUUCGAAGCCCGAUUGCCAUAGUAUGGAAUCUGAACUGAUUGUGAGUGAUGUAACAAGGAUUGGUGUGGGAAUAGAGCCCCCGUCCCGGUUUGCUCUUGUUAUUUAUCUUUUUCGCACUGGAUGUAAGAUCACCUGCAUAGCCGUUUUUUGCAGAGAUUAAAUUAAAAACCAUCGGAAGAAUUAAUGACC